AUUUAUUUGAAGUUUAGGACGCCAUUUACAAUUUAGAUAUACAUUUACUUCAAAUAUUACCCGAUCAAUGGUGUGAGUCACUGCACUUGUUACAUUAAGGCUUUGGUUCAUCAACUGCAUGUGGCCCACGAUAUGGAUAAAAUACCCAUGUUUUGGAUUCACUGCACUUGUUACAUGAAUGCCUUGGUUCAUCAACUGCAUUUGGCCCAGGAUACGGAUAAGGAUAUGGAGCCUUCCUACCUGGCUUUGGUUCAUCAACUGCAUUUGGCCCAGGAUAUGGAUAAGGAUAUGGACCCUUCCUUCCUGGCUUUGGUUCAUCAACUGCAUUUGGCCCAGGAUAUGGAUAAGGAUAUGGACCCUUCCUUCCUGGCUUUGGUUCAUCAACUGCAUUUGGCCCAGGAUAUGGAUAAGGAUAUGGACCCUUCCAUGGUUUGGAUUCACUGCAUUGGUCACAUGAAUGCUUCGGUUCAUCAACUGCAUUUGGCCCAGGAUAUGGAUAAGGAUAUGGACCCUUCCUUCCUGGCUUUGGCUCAUCAACUGCAUUUGGCCCAGGAUAUGGAUAAGGAUAUGGACCCUUCCAUGGUUUGGAUUCACUGCAUUGGUCACAUGAAUGCUUCGGUUCAUCAACUGCAUUUGGCCCAGGAUAUGGAUAAGGAUAUGGACCCUUCCUUCCUGGCUUUGGCUCAUCAACUGCAUUUGGCCCAGGAUAUGGAUAAGGAUAUGGACCCUUCCAUGGUUUGGAUUCACUGCAUUGGUCACAUGAAUGCUUCGGUUCAUCAACUGCAUUUGGCCCAGGAUAUGGAUAAGGAUAUGGACUCUUCCUUCCUGGCUUUGGUUCAUCAACUGCAUUUGGCCCGAUAUGAUAAGAUAUGA